AUGAAAUUGCCUGAGAGCAAUAUUCCUGCAAAGCAGAUGAAAUUGCCUGAAAAUGGCAAUAUUCCUGCAAAGCAGAUGAAAUUGCCUGAAAAUGGCAAUAUUCCUGCAAAGCAGAUGAAAUUGCCUGAAAAUGGCAAUAUUCCUGCAAAGCAGAUGAAAUUGCCUGAAAAUGGCAAUAUUCCUGCAAAGCAGAUGAAAUUGCCUGAAAACGGCAACAUUCCUGCCAAUCUUUGCCAGCUUUACGCUGAGACUAAGCAGAUGACACUGCUUGAAAACGGCAGUAUUCCUGCCAACCCCUGCCAGCGUUACGUUGAGGCAUGUCGUGGAGGCGGUAAAAGGAACCCCUCACAAGUUGACAAGUCCAGCAAAAAAGCCGAGUCAUUGCCACUUCAGAAAUGUCACUCUGCUCCGACAUCUGAAGGAAAAUCCCGAACAAAACGGGCUUCAAAAGGCAUGGGGUUUGCUUCCCGAAAGAGAAAGUCGCAGCUGUCUAAAACACAAGACUGUCAGCCAUCUGUAAAGACUUCUGUUCAGGUUGAACAGCAAGAUCAUCGCACAGAACAGUUAGAGGAUGUCGAAAGUCUCUCCCAAAGUAUGGAUUCAUUCCAAUUUGAGGACUUGAUUGAAACAAAUCCUAAUUUGAAACUAGAUGUAGAGGCCACAUUUACGCCACAUUUUUGGAGGCUGCUCAGGCCCGAGGACUUUUCCACUCGGAUGUUCUUUGGCGACAAGCCCUCGACCAAGCCCGUGGACGCACCUGCAAACACUUCGUGUUUCUGUUUGCCCAAGUCCUCAUCGAGGCCGGUGAACUUAUUGAAGAUCAGCUUCAAUUGUGGAACGACUAUAAGAUCCACAUGA